AAACAACAACAUUGCCUACCUCAUUCUCUGUCCUCCAGGCUGGGACAAAAGUGAGAAGCAGCCACACCUGUGUACCCUGUUGCUGUUUAUCUGUCCGUUUGUGUAAGCUGAACACACAUGUGCAACAGGUGGAGAACUUCAUGGAGGCAAAGCAAACCCAAAGCAAGAAGCUUUCCAUUUCAUAUGGCUGUCAUGAAAACUGUGGGGUUUUGGUGCUUUGAGUGGGAACCAGCUCAGAAAUAGGAGUAUGGAGAUGAUGUGUAUGUGGUAACCUGUUCAGCCAAGCUGAAGGGAGUUUUGCGUCAGUUGUUCAGAGGGCAGAGAACUGCAAAAGCAUCUCCUGCUUGGUACGACGUGAGCAUGUGGGGGAUCCACAGUCUGAAAGCAGGAUGCUGUCCUCAGAGCACGUUUGCCUCUUCAGUUCAUUUCAACUGAGUUGACAAAAAUUAAACCAAGUCUAUUGGUCUGAGCAAUUCCAGAUGCACCUGUGUCUGAAACUGGUUUUGUCUGGAGGACAUGUGUACUAUGGCAAGAACUUCAUUCAUCAAGAGCCAACAUUUUAGGCUUAUUGAGACAUCUGACAGUAAAAAUAAAUGUCUCAAGGGAUUUGUUGCAAACUCAUAUACAAGCCUACUUUUGGAUGCUCAAGUAUCCUUGAGGAUGGGCUGCCAGUACCUCGGCAUUUAGGCUCACUGCUGUAGAAGUGCAGAGAGAUUAGAAAUAUAUAUAUAUAUAUAUUUUUUUUUUUUUUUGAAAAUGGGAGAAAGUUAUUUUAUACUGACUUUUAGUUAUUGUCAGCAUUUUCUAAUUUUGACUUUCAGAAUCCCAGAUGUGCAUUUUUGUAAAAUGUCAAAUGAUAAAAAAUAUAUUGUAUGUUCCACACACAGCCCUCUGUGCGGCCUUGUAAAUAUUUUAGUGACCUAUUUAGAGCAAGCGGCUUUUGUUGAACACGGUAGGCAAAUACAGAGGGAAACAGAAGCCCUGUCAUCCUUGUGACAAUUAUACGACCAUCUCUAAUCCACCCUCUUAGCCUGAUAAACAAGUGUCUGUGCAUGAGUUUUGAACAGAAGGUGACCAUCACCUUCUGAUCUGAGUGUUUUCUUGCAAAUACUUCAGUUAGCCUGUAAAGCAGGUAAGCAGUAAUACCGUUUCUUUAUAACUCCAGUCUUACCUUGAAUUUUGUUCUGUUUUUUUGUUUGUUCAUUUGUUUUUUUUUUGUCUUGUUUUGUUUUUGGUUUUGUUUUAAGCUUUCUCCUGGGGCUUAAUCAAAACAACAUGUUUCCUUUCACCUGAUUUCUAAUUCUAGUUAUUCUUUGAGUCAGCUACACAGUAAAGAAUUGCAUUUCCAACUUUUUUAAGUUUUAGUGGUGCUUCCCUUUCUAUUUUCUUACUGCAUGCUUGAUGAAGCAAACUCUCUGGUGUGCCUAGCUCAUAGUUGUUUAUUCCAGGUAAUUUACAGGGAGAAAAAAUCAUCCCAAACAAGCAAUUCCAAAUAAAGUGAAAGCCGUUGCUCCUAGCCUUGCGUCUCUUUAUGAUUGGUGUCUCAUCACCUUAGAAUCAGCUCUCCUGCUUGCUGCUAUGUCCACACCACUGGAGGAUGCUAUGAACACCUUGAUCAGGAUUUUUCAUCACUACUCUGGCAAAGAAGGAGACAGAUACAAGCUCAGUAAAGCAGAACUCAAGGAACUCCUCACCAGUGAGCUCACUGACUUCCUUUCAGGCCAAAAUGAUCCCCUUCUGGUCAAUAAGAUUAUGAAGGAUCUGGACUCCAAUAAAGACAAUGAAGUGGAUUUUAAUGAAUUUAUGACUCUGGUUGCAGCUCUGACUGUGGCAUGUAAUGAUUUCUUUGAAGAACAACUAAAGGAAGAAGGAUUUUAAAAAUGCUCAAUACAGUCAAUCUCUUCACCACAAAUGCAAUGAAGUAUGUCUAGUUAGCUAGUGCUUAUCAGCAUUUAGUGAAUGCAAACCAUCAUCAGUCAAACUGCUACUGCAAUAAGACAGCUAUAGACCAGAUCAACAACUGGUGUAAGCUGGGCCAAAGACAUCUUGCACUACUUGAGAUCUGGCUUUUACUAUUCUCAGCCUUUGCACUGCAGGUGUCUGUAACACACAU